CUUUUACAAUCCCCGUUUAAACCGCAAGUUGAUUAAGAUUAUAUGUAUAAUGCACUUAUCAACCCUUUAAGCCCUACCCCUUAUAGUAGUAUAUACUCCUUAUGAGAAUGUAAAGAAUUAUCCGUAAAUUGGACUUGGCGGGUUACCGAAUCUCUUGUACGUCACGCCAUAAUUGACCUGGUAGUUUUCCUUCCGAAGACUAUAAAUUCAAUCGUCAGACGCUUACCCUUUCGCCCCAAAUGAAACCAGAUAUUUACCCCUAUGUAUGAACCAACCAUAUACUAAUCUUGCUACUUGUCUCACAGAUGUAAUUCAGCGAAUAGGAUCAGUUAAACUACAUGGCCCAAGUUUGUUGCCAUGUCCAACAAAGAAGCUUCAGUUAUGAGAAUAGACGUUGGUGCGAGAAGUUUCUUGUUAACUUUUCAUGCCUGACAAUCUUGUUUCCCUAAGGAUCGUGUUGCUAUGCGUUGGGGCAAAUCUUCUCUUCAUAGGAAAACCAUUUAAAGACGAGAGGAUGCCCACCUGAAGCAUCGAUAGAAACGCCAGGCGUACAUAUUUCCCACUGGGUAUUCUCGGGGAAAAUCUGCUGAGAGUACCAACAUCUAAUUAUCGGGAUGGCGCCUACUAUCGACAUUAUUCGCCAUGGGCAGGCUGCCCAUAAUGUCUACGGGAGUCACGUUAGGGAUGCGGUACUAACUGAUAGCGGCGUUGCGGAAUGUGAUAUUUUAAGAGAGACAUUUCCGUUCGGAUCCAUGGUCACCAAUAUCGUCUCGUCUCCCUUACGACGUGCCAUCGACACCGCGAUACUCGGGGUUCUUCCAACGGUGAAUGACCACAUCAAGAUCAAACUACUCCCCGAUCUACAGGAGAUCAGCCCCGCACCAAGCAGCACGGGAAUUUCGAAGAGCGCGCUCUUCUCUCGAUACAACGAUGGCCAUAACGUGGAUAUGGAUGACCUUAACGAAUAUUGGUAUCGCAAGGGUUUCGAUACCCCUUACGCGCCAGAGGUGUACAAAGUCGAGGCACGAGCGCGAUCCGCACGUCAAUACCUACGGAUGCUAGCGAGAAAGGCCAUCGAGGCCGGCAAAGACGAUGCGCACAUCGUGGUCGUGACGCACGGGGAGUUCGCGCACUGGCUCACGCGCGACUUCCGGGGCGUGAGCGGAACCCGUAGCUCGGGCUGGUUCAACACGGAGUGGCGGUCAUACCGGAUCGAUAGCAUCUUUAGGUCUGAACACACGGACCCGUGGCUGACCGAGACGACCGAGAGCGUCAUAGCACGGAACGGGUCCCUUAUCCCCUGGUCGAUGAGUGUUCUCACCAAGUACAGCCCCAGAAACUUUGCCACCAUGCGGGUGAUCGAGUACAGCGAGAUGGUUCAUAUUGAAGAACGACGACUGUCGACUUAUCAGACUACUGAAGCACCCGAACGAUCAGGAGAUGAAUAUGACGAGUCCGACGAGUCCGACGAAUCCGACGAACCUGACAUAUCCAACGAAUCUGACGGAUGGGUUGAUGUAGAUCAGGAGUUGGACUGAACUUGACGUCUUAGUCUAUCAAUAGCGAGGGGACUAAGUAAGAAUGUCAUCUCAUCAUGUAUUUCUGCAACCGGCCGGUGUUGAAGGGCAAUAGGGG